AUGGUGGGCGUUGGCGUGGGGCGGGACGCGGGCGCGGACGCGGCGGCGGCGGCCAGGGCGCAGGCGGCGCGGGAGGUGUGCGCGGCGUCGGCGGCGUUCGCGUCCUGCACGCACCGCCGCCGCCGGUCGUCCCCGUGCGGCCCGCACUUCGUCGACUGGUACCUCAUCCUCGCCAUCGGCGAGGCCGCGUCGGAGGACGCCGUGCGGAGGCGGUACCGGCAGCUCGCGCUGCAGCUGCACCCGGACAAGAACAGGCACCCCAAGGCGGAGGUGGCGUUCAAGAUCGUCUCCGAGGCGCACGCGUGCCUGACGGACCAGGCGCGGCGGCGGGCCUUCGACACGGAGCGGCGGGGAAGCUUCUGCGCCGCGUGCCACGACCGCCACGCCGCCAGGUGGUCCAAGCCGCCGACCCUCCGCGCCGCGGCAGCGGCGGCCAGGAGCAGCAAGGCGGCGCAGGAGGUGCAGAGCCGGCUGCGGGACGAGUGCCGGGUCAUCGACGGCUGCCUGCGGGCCAACGACGCCGCGGCCCGCGCGCGCCGCCGCCAGUCGUUCCCGCUCUUCGACCCCUCCGACAGCCGCCGCUUCCCGGACUACCCGCACGUCCGCCCGCCGCAGUUCGGGCUCGGCGGCGCGGAGCUCCGGCGGUCCGGCGAGCGGCUUGGUCGCCCGGAGGUGGAUCAGCAGGCCCUGAAUCGGAGGUGGUGCAGAGACGGCGGCGAGUCGCCUGUGUACCAGAUCAGGACGGCGGCGACGGAGCGCACCGAGAGGUGUGCAUGGUGA